UUCGUGACUUUUCUCAGCUGAUUUCACCUUCAGUUUUUCCUUCCUGUCUCAGGAUUCAAUCGAUCACUGCAUUUUCCGGCAUUGGCGUCGGCUAACUCACUCCGGUUACUGCUUUUGACCAGGUUUCGUUUUCGAUUAAUUGAGAGCGAAUAUGACUGUGGAUGAAGUGACGGCUGUGCAUGCGGUGGAGGAGGUGCAAUCGUCUUCGUCCAAGGUUGAAAUUGCGUCGGAGGAAGAUCAGGUGAAGAAGAAUGGAAAUGAAGAUUUUUCUAAUGGCGUCAAUGGGAGGACUGUCAGGGAAGACAACGACGGUGACGGUGAUUAUGUUUUCGUUAACGGAAACGAAGAAGAAAAUGGAGGUCUAGUGGAGUCGGAUAUUGAGAAAAACGGAAAUGGCAUUGAUGGAAGAGAUCAGGGGGUUGAGAGUGUGGAGACCGAUGGAGAAGUGAAAUCUAAAACUGAUUUGGUUAAGGAUUUGAGAGAAGAGGAUGAAUCUUGUAUUGAAAUUGUGGAUCAGGAUAGGGAAUCGAUGGAAUUGUGCCACGUGGAGGCACCUGUUGAUGAAAAAAAAUCAGUGGAUCUUGUUCGGAGUGGUCCUGUUUUUGCUAUUAAUGCUGAAAAUGGUGCGUCAGAAAUUGCCACGGCUGAUCAGAAUGGAGUCUCUGAAUUGGCUGAAGAUGUUUCUGAUGCUAAGAAUAUAGGUGAACACACUGUUUCAGAAGCUGCUGCUGUUGACUCCAGUGAUAAACAGAGUGAUGAGGUUUCUUCUGUCUCUGGCCCUGACGUCAAUGGUUCGGCUAAUGAUAGUGUUGAAGCCAAUUUUUUCGAUUUCAGGUCUAAAGGGAAUAAAGAAUCUGAAAUAGCUGUAGCUGAUGAUAGUGAUUACAAUGGAGAUGGUCUAGCUAAUGAUAGUGCUAAGGCCCCUGUCUCUGUAGCCAAUGAUGUUGGUUCCAGGUCAAAAGAGAAUGAGGGCUCUGAAAUGGCUGUAGCUGAUGAUGGUGAUUGCAAUGGAGAUGGUUUAGCUAAUGCUUAUGAUAGUGCUAAGACCACUGUCUCUGAAGCUGCUGUAGAUAUGAGGAAUAAACAGAAUGAGGUUUGUGAAUUGCCUGUUACUGAUAAUGGGGUUACUACCGUCUCUGUCUCUGACCGUGAUGGGGAUUGUUUACUUGAUGUUAGGGAAAAGGACACAGUUUCAGAAGCUCUUGUUGAAUCCGGGGCUGAACAGAAUGAGUCCUCUAACAGUGGUGAAGUUGAAGCUGAUUCUGCAUGUCCCGUCUCUAAUGUUAAUGUAGACAGGCCUGAACAAAAUGUUGUGUCUGGAAAUGAAUCAGUUAAAGUUGGGGAUUGUUUACUUGAUGUUAGGGAAAAGGAUACAGUUUCAGAAGCUGUUCUUGUUGAAUCCGGGGCUGAACAGAAUGAGUCCUCUAAUAGUGGUGAAGUUGAAGCUGAUUCUGCAUUUCCUGUCUCUAAUGUUAAUGUAGACAAGCCUGAACAAAAUGUUGUGUCUGGAAAUGGAUCAGUUAAUGUUGGGGAAAGCUUAACAGCUGCUGAUGAGUUUCCCAUGGAAAAUGGUUUGGGCUUAGAACACAAUACUGAACAAGAUUUGGGUUCGGUAGCUGAUACUAAUUUAGAGAAAGAUACUGGGAGUGGUUCUUUCUCUGGUGAAUGUGGAGAGGCCUUGCAGGAUGUUCACACUCAGGAUGGUAUUUCAGGUACGGUUCAGAUCGACUCUGUUGAUUCAGGUCAGUCUUCUAACUUGUGGAAAACUCUCACUCCCAUUACAAAUAAGAGUGUGCAUGCAGCUGUUGAAGGGGUUCUUAAUGAUACAAUAGCUGAUGUCUUGGAAGGCAUAUCUGCCUCAGUUACACUCCACAAUGAUGCAAGUGUUGAAAGUGGUGUUAGUGAUACUGCAUCUGAGGCUUUACCACCUUCUGUUAAUGAAGAGAAACUGGAAACUGAUGUUAUUGAGUCAGAUGAGAGUAGUAGAGUUGGUUUUGAGAAUACUGAGAUAGAUAUAAAGGAUGAGACUGGUUAUAUUGACAAUAGUUUUAAGUCAAGAUGCUUGGCCAAUGGUGUUGAUUCUAUCUUAUCUGCAGAGGCUGAGGUUUCGAAAGUGCUUGUUGAAUGCCAUAGCUCUGAAACCGAUGAAAAAUUGGUGAAUGUGGUUGAUGUUCAAAAUGAUAGUAACUUGGUUGCUACUGUAAGUAAUGAUGAGAAAGCACCUGCUGCAACCGAAAAAUUUUCUGCUGCUGAUAUUUCUGACAAUGUUGAACUUGUACAUGAAUCUAGAGAAUCAGAUUGUGAUACUAACAAUAACAAACAAACUCCGCCUGUCGUAAAGGGAUCAAUUCAGUUUGGUAGUGUUGUUACAUGUCAAGAGUCAGAAGAACCAGAAGGCCUUGACGAGGUUGAAAGGAGAAGUCCAUUUUACUUCUUGAUCAGGGUCCCAAGAUAUGAUGAUGAAAAUUUAAAAGAAAAAAUCAGGCUUGCUCAAAUAACAGUUGAUGAGAAAACUCAAAGUCGGGAUGCCGUUCAAACUGAAAUACAAAAGAUGAGGGCAAUUUGCAAGAAAUAUGGUGAUAAUGUCGAGGCUGCCAUAUCCCAAGAAAGAGCAAUACGAGAUCUGCAUAGGUCCAAACGUCAAGAAAUAGACUCUAUUCAAUCUAUGAUGAACAUUGAGGAUAUUGAUGCCAAGAUUCGAAACAUGGAACACAUGAUACAGCACGAAACCAUGCCUCUUAAAGAUGAAAAGCAGUAUAUUCAUCAAAUCAAGCAAUAUAAGCAAACUCGUGAACGAAUCUCUUCUAAUAUGGGUAAGCAGGACGAAGUUCAGCAGGGUUCGGACCAAAAAGAACAAAUUCAAGAGCGCCUGAAGUCUUUAAAGAAGGAAGCAGACCAAUUGAAGGUCAAUCUCCUGAAGGCUGAAGCAGUCACUAAGGCUGCUAAGAAAGAGUAUCACGAUGAAGCUGAAAAGUUGAACAAAUUGCAGUCCCAGUACAAAGCUGCCGAUGACAUUCGCCAAGAAGCAUAUUCACAGUUGUUGAGUUUGAAGAAACAAUCAUAUGAGAAGAACAAUUUUUUUUGGCAGUACAGGGAUGAUGCAAAGGCAGCAAAUGAUUUGGCUUUGAAAGGGGACAAAGAGGCACGCCAAAAUCUCUGUGUUAACCAGGUUGAGAAAGUUAUGGACUUGUGGAACAACAAUGAUGAAUUCCGUAAGGAAUACAUCCGAUGCAAUGUCAGAAGCACAUUAAGGAGACUGAGGACAUUUGAUGGCCGCGCGCUUGGUCCUGAUGAAGAGCCACUUGUAAUUCCUCAAGUGGUAAACGAAAGAGUUGCCAAGAAUCAAGUGUCCAACUCAACUUUGGACGAACAAACACAAGAUAAAACAGCUCCCGCAAAAGUGGAAACAGCUCCCGCGAAAGUGGAAACAGCAAAGGAUAAACCUGCCGCAAAGGCCGUGGUGCAAAAGAAUCAGACAAGUAAACUGGAGAAGUCGGUAAAACCUGUUCCUCCAGCAAGUGGUUCAGCAACUGCUUCUAGCAGGGACAAAAUUGAAGAAGCAGAAGAAGAACCGAAGGUAACAAAGGAGGAAGAGGAAAGGCUUAGGAAAGCAGAGGAAUUGAGAAAGGAACAGGAAGCGGCUAAAUUGAGGGAGCAACGACGGUUGGAGGAGAUAGCUAAAGCUAAGGAGGCACUAGAAAGGAAGAGGCGAAACGCAGAGAAGGCCCAAUCCCAAGCCCGGGCCGCAUUAAGAGCUCAGAAAGAAGCUGAACAGAAAGAGAAGGAAAAGGAAAAAAGGGCCAAAAAGAAAGAACGAAGAAAGGGAUCAUCAGUAUCAGGGGAUGCAAGUGUAACAGAUGAAACCAACUCUGCUCCGACAUCGGAAACACCAGCUGAAACACCGCAAAACUCUCAAAGUAGAGAGAAGCCAAUAACAUUGGCAAAGAGGUCUCAAAAGCCAACCCAGUUCACAAAGCAGAGCAAGGCAAAAUCCAUUCCCCCGCCGCUUCGCAACCGUGGUAAAAGAAAGAUGCAGACAUGGACGUGGGUCCUCCUGACGUGCCUGGUAACAUUCGCUUUGUUUUUGGUCGGAAAGUAUAACUUGUCGUUCAACUUUGAGCUGCUGCAAAAGUUCAAGCUUUAAAGAUAUACGUUUAUUGGUUUGGCUUAAUUCUUUUGUGCUUGAACAGGGUGGGGUUAUUUAUAUAUUUGAUUUUCUUAA